AUGAAGGCAAGACUUGCCACUGCCGAUUCUUUUAAUAUCAAUUUGCUUCCAUUCCGGCUUGAGUAUCUUUCUUUUUUUCGUUCUCUCUUUUUUUCUAUCUAUCUAUCUAUCUAUCUAUCUAUCUAUCUAUCUAUCUAUCUAUCUCAGUACAUAUCUACCUGUUUCUUUGUUUCCUUUUUCCUCAGUCUACUAAAUCUAUCUAUCUAUCUAUCUAUCUAUCUAUCUAUCUAUCUAUCUAUCUAUCUAUCAUUAGAUUUUGACUUAAUUCUUCUUUCUUUCUUUUCUUCAUUCAUGCUUUCUCUCUAUUUCUACUUUCUAUCUCAUUCUGUUCGUAUCUCUCUGUCUAUCUAUCUGUCUGUCUGUCGGUCUAUCUAUUUAUCUAUCUAUCUUCUAAUUCAUUCUUUUCGUAUUUACCUAUUAACGAGAACAUCUCUUUCCUUCUCAUCACACACCCUAUCUAUCUAUCUAUCUAUCUAUCUAUCUAUCUAUCUAUCUAUCUAUCUAUCUAUCAGCGGAAAAUCCGGUGCAAAUAUAUAUUUUUAA